AGUAUACGUUCAUACACAGCUCUACAAGAACGUGAUGAAGUCAAAGCAAGUUACAUGCUUGUAAGUAUGUGCUGUUAUUUAGUGAAUCGGACAGAAUGAUUUUCUGCAGUGAUACACCUCACCUGCCAGAGGUCGCUGUUACGAUCUUGUCAACAAACAUGGCAGCCCCCAGGGUGUGCGUGCCAGGAGAACGUCUCUUCAGUACCGCUGACUGUGAGGCAGGACCAGGGACAUACGUACAUCAUGGCUACAUCUACUCCUGUCUCGCUGGCUACAUGCACAAGAGAAAAACAGAAGGGAAAGAGCUGUCCAUUGUUGAGGUUAUAAGACAAAAAGAAGAUGCAGUGCCCAGAAUAGGCUCCAUCGUCACUGCAAAGGUGACCAGUGUAAGUGGGAGGAUGUGUAAGUGUGCCAUCACCUGUGUGGAGAGGACCACACUAAGGGAGCCGUUCAGAGGACUCAUCAGGAAAGAAGAUGUUCGAGCUACAGAAAAAGACAGGGUGGAAAUGUACAAAUGCUUCAGACCAGGAGACAUAGUGCUGGCAAGAGUUCUGUCCCUGGGUGAUGCUAACUGUUACCUCCUAUCUACAGCUGAGAAUGAGCUGGGUGUGGUGCUGGCUCUCAGCGAGGCUGGAGCACAGAUGGUGCCUGUAAGCUGGUGUGACAUGCAGUGUCCCAAGACAGGCAGUAAAGAGUUCAGGAAGGUGGCCAAGGUGCAGCUUCAGCAGGAAUGAUGGGACCAUUACAUUUCUUAGUUAGUUAGUUAGUUACUAGUACUUCAACAGUUACGUCAUUGCUAUGUUAUAACUUACAAGGGAAUGUAACUUGUCCAAUUCUUGCUUUAGGUCAUCACAGUGUUUUUUUGUUUUAAAUGCCUUGCCAUUUUAAUGUACCUGUCUAACAUUCCCAAGUUAUGUUUGUAUUUUAUUUGGGAUCAGAAAGAUAAUGCUUUUUUUCUGAGAAAUUCCGUGAAAAUAUCAGGCCAAAUUUAGUUCUUGAUAAACCCCAAUUGACCAGAAAUAAACAGGGAAAUCUUUUAUUA